GAUAGCUAACUGCGGUGUACAUGCACAAUGCAAAAAUAUUCCAAAUUAAACACUUAAAGUUUACUAAGAACAAAGUCAGGGGAUAAAACAACUUGGUGCCCACCACCUGCCGGGAUAUUUGAAAAAAACAUAAUGAAGUUUUACGUGAAGUGUUUCUCCAGGACAAAAUGGCUACCGCUAACCGCUAGCUUUUCAGUAUGUGCUAGGUUUUGUACCUGGUCAGGAAUUGACUGUAAGAAGGAUAUUUCUGAGAGGAUGGCAACACAUGAAAGCAACAGGAAAACGCCUAUAGCUGUACAUCCUCGAGCCAUCAAACAUAGUAAUAACUGACAGCAACAACAAGGGAGCUUAAUGCGAUCGAUCGAGCAGGCCCUUUCAAGAUCAGCGCCAGUAUAAGCAUCUCUUCCCCUAACACACACAUGCUGCCUCUUUCCCCUCAGCUCUGUUUUCAGUCUCUACCAACUCUUGAGGCAGACAUGUGGCUCUGCUAUGUUCACCAGCUGGCUAACUCUUUCUGUCGGCUGUACAGUAAAACUACAAUUCAAAGACAAUUGGGCAAACUCCUGACGGUCUGUGCUGUGAGAGGCGUCGGGUGGUUCAGUCCACAGCGUGCCCCGGCCGGCCUGCGUUCGAAUCUUAUCGAGCUCCCUGCCCCCUCUGCUGUCUCAACAAUUAAAUCAGUCCAGCACACGGUGGAACCGUUUCUGCACAGCUCCAGCACAACAUCGCAACAAAAAGUACAAAUAUUGUACUUUUCCUCCCGCAGUUCAUAUCCUUUGUCCACAAGGCAUGUUUUCUCUUCAAAGUCCUGAGCGUGGAGGGGUGAAAAAAAGCGAAAUGGUGUCCGAGGAAGAGGAGAUGAGGCAACAGUGGAUAAAAUGUGACCAGACCGGAGUGAAAUAGAGAUGCAUCGCUGCAAGUCAGGAGGGGAAGCACUAACUCCAGAGUGGAGAGGGGACGGAAACGAAGAAUCAAGUUGGAAUCCAGAAAGAACCGCGGGAAAAGGUAAAGGAUAUGACAAACAACUGAAAGGACUCCUCGAUGUGGAGAUCCUGCCCAUGGUGGAAGAGUUUGACAAAAAGCUGAAUAACGACACAGUCUAUGAGGAAAGGUUGCAGACAGCAGCAGACAAUUUCAUCGCAGCUGCCUCCAAACUGCCUAGAGUCUCUGGAUGCCUCCCUCCAUGUGGUUUUCAGAGUGCAGGUGCAGUAUACAACUGUAUUACCUGCCAGUAUGACUCCUGUGAACUCCCUCUCGACUGUCCAGUUAAAGAAAUUAAAGCAAUGGAGAACAGCAGGAACCAGAUGUGGUGUGUAGUGCCAUUUCAUUUACCAGAAGAUAUCGAGGUGAUCUGGAGAUUUGCAGAAGAGGUGAAAACCCAGCAGGUGGACCAGUUUAAAGAAGUUACUGCAGGCCUGGACACACUUUAUUCCAUCCCUUCAACCAGCUUGCAGCAUGUGGGAACCUACCAGUGUGAGAUCUAUUCAGGCCAACGCUCCAUUGUCAGGCUCUUUUUCUAUCUCACAGUGACCCCCCAGAUUGUGGCCGGCCACACAGAGCUGCAGGAGAUAUUCGACCUGUCUCUGCUCCCAGGAGGGCGAUUACUCCCUGCGCCUGGUGGUCCCCCCCGCUCCCUCAUCCUCAACCCCUCGCCACUGUUUCUCACCGCCUGUUUGACAAUUUUGCUUCUGCUGCUGUUCCUCUCCAUGGGAGCUCUGUAUUGGUCAGUAAAACCAGAGCAUGCUGAGCAAGAAGAAGAGGAUUAGGAUUUUGAGAGUUUUACAGAUACAUGUAUUGCAAUAAAGGCAUUUUAUCUAGCCUUUAUUGCAUUUUUAUCUGGGCUGACGUCAUUGCUUAAAGAAAGCCAGUGUGUCACUCUUUCUACCACUAGAGGGCAGGAUCUAUCAGUGGAGCUCAGUGCACCGUGCUGCAUUAACGAAACCAUUUGUUCUCUUUGUGUCUCACAACAUAGAGAGUAACUGACCAGGCAUACUCACUUACUGUUGCUAUAAGCAAGAGAUAGGGAGAUAUUUGUUGCACGGGAAAAUUGUACUUUUUAUUCUUUAUAUCUAUCUGACAGGUAUACAUCAUUUCAUAUUAGAUUGACAAACAAAUCACCUACAAUUAAUAAUCUGCCAACAUUGUGUAAUCAGUUUUUUAAUUAGUCAUAGCCUACCUCUAAUGUUAUAUACAAUAAUAUCACCUAAUGUAAUAAUCUAAUGAAUUCUUACCCUUUAAAAGUUAUACCAUACUGUAUAAUGAAUACUUUCAGUUUUGAUAUGUUUCGAGCAUUCCUCCCAUAUCAGUUCUGCACUUUUGCUGGAGCUAAAAUUAGAAUGCAUAACUUGAUUAAAGGAUCAACAUAUUUGUCACCAACUGUGUCAAAAUACACAUAUACAAAACUUCAGAUGGUUUUUCCAGGAUAGAUGGUCCAAGAAUUGUGCAGAUACCAUCAAAUAUAUAAUUAUAAUGUCAUUUUAGUGUUAUCAGCAACAUGACACAGUACAUGUACUUACCUUUGUUUAUUGCACUGUAACAAUAAGUAAAGUGCAUGACAUCAAGUUUGUCUUUAAUGGAUUGUGUGAUGAUGUGAACGCUAAAGCCUUCAGGUGACCACAAGGGAGCAGCAUUAACCACCCUAUGUCUCCUACCAGAAAGCAGAAUGAGGAGUAGACAACCUAAACCCAUUAGAGGAUAUGCAUCUUGAUUUUAAUUGAACUGUGUUGUAUGGUAACUGUUACAUUGUGCCUCAUCAGGGCUGUGGUCACAAGAAAAUAUGUUUGCUAAAGCUAAGGACAACAUUCCAAAACAAAUGUGAAUCAUAUCUGAGGAUGGGGAAGUACUUCUAUCGUUAAACACACUUGUACAGAGUAUGUGACACUGGAUUCAUACAUCAUACUUCAAACGUAUAUUUGCUUGAGUAGACGAGUCAAGUGUGAAUGUGAGUAAAAAUUACGUAACAUAUUAUCUUUUUCCCUGUGUUCUCUGGAGUACUUUGAGUAUACUUUGGACCAUUAUGACGAUCUUUUCAGGAAACAACUAAUUAAGUUAGUGAUUGUAUACUUUGCUCCUCCUUAAAAAAACGAGCGUAGGCUACACCCCCCUGCUUUGGGGCAGUAUGACCAAUCUCUCUUUCAUUUGCAAGUGCUUAACUGUUGUUAGAGUUUUUUGUUCAUUUUUCUAUUUCAAUCUGCUUAGGAGGUUGAUGGUUGUCUUCCAAUCAGAAGCUCGGUGGUUCGAUCCCCAGCCAUAUCAGUCAACAUGUCAAUGUAUCUUUGGGCAAGAUACCUAACCCCACAGUGGUCCUGGUCGCUUGGCCAAAUUUGUGUGAGUGUGUAUGAAUGUAGUUUUCCUGAGCAGCUGGAUGCACACUCUAUGGCAACCUCUGUCUCUGAAUAACUGUGUGUGAGUGGUUGAAUGCUGACUUGGAUAUACAAUAGUUACAUAUUGUUUAUAUAGCCCAAUGUCAAAAAUGACACAUUUGUCUCAGGACACUUUACAUGUUGUACAGCAGAGACACCCUCUGUCCCUAGACUCUAGCACUAUACCAAGGAAAAACUCUCAAAGAAACAAUUAUUGGUUAAAAAUGGAGGAUCUUAUGAAGAGCGACAGAAGGGGUAUCCUGUAAAUGUGCUUUGAGGGGUUGCAAAGACUGUAAAGCACUAUAUAAAUG